CGCGCUCGCCACUGCGCAGGCGCGGCCCGAGAGCGUGGGUCAUCUGGAGGCAGCAGGCCCUCAGGAGCCCUGGGGUUUGCGGCCUGCGUUCGGCCGGCUCCAGCCGCGCGCUACUUGAGGGAAAGAGGCUCAGCAAGCUGAGUCUCCCCGCACCCUGGGCAGUGUGGUCAUGGAGAAUCAGGUGCUCACGCCUCACGUCUACUGGGCUCAGCGGCACCGAGAGCUGUAUCUGCGCGUGGAGCUGAGUGACGUGCAGAAUCCUGCCAUCAGCAUCACUGAAAAUGUGCUGCAUUUCAAAGCUCAGGGGCAUGGUGCCAAAGGAGACAAUGUUUAUGAAUUUCACCUGGAGUUCUUAGACCUUGUGAAGCCAGAGCCGGUUUACAAACUGACCCAGAGGCAGGUAAACAUUACAGUGCAGAAGAAGGUGAGUCAGUGGUGGGAUAGACUCACCAAGCAGGAGAAGCGCCCACUGUUUUUGGCCCCUGACUUUGAUCGUUGGCUGGACGAGUCUGAUGCAGAAAUGGAGCUCAGAGCCAAGGAAGAAGAACGCCUAAAUAAACUAAGACUUGAAAGCCAAGGCUCCCCUGAAACUCUUACAAGCUUGAAGAAAGGAUACUUGUUCAUGUAUAAUCUAGUGCAGUUCUUGGGAUUCUCCUGGAUAUUUGUCAACAUGACUGUGCGGUUGUUUAUCUUGGGAAAAGAAUCCUUCUAUGACACGUUCCACACCGUGGCUGACAUGAUGUAUUUCUGCCAGAUGCUGUCAGUUGUGGAAACUAUCAAUGCAACAAUUGGAGUCACUAAGUCACCAGUGAUACCUUCUCUUAUCCAGCUUCUUGGAAGAAACUUCAUUUUGUUUAUCAUCUUUGGCACCAUGGAAGAAAUGCAAAACAAAGCUGUGGUUUUCUUUGUGUUUUAUAUAUGGAGCACAAUUGAAAUUUUCAGGUACCCCUUCUACAUGCUUACCUGCAUUGACAUGGAUUGGAAGGUGCUCACGUGGCUUCGUUAUACUGUGUGGAUUCCCUUAUAUCCUCUGGGAUGUUUGACAGAAGCUGUCGCAGUGAUCCAGUCCAUUCCAAUAUUUAAUGAAACAGGGAGAUUCAGCUUCACAUUGCCAUAUCCAGUGAAAAUCAAAGUUAGAUUUUCCUUUUUUCUUCAGAUUUACCUUAUAAUAUUAUUUUUAGGGUUAUACGUAAAUUUCCGUCAUCUUUAUAAACAGCGCAGGCGGCGCUUUGGACAAAAAAAGAAAAAGAUCCACUAAAAAGAAAGAUUUAGAUGACUUCUUGCCAGUUUGAGCCUAAUCUUUAAUUCUUACAGUUUUACCUUCUUGUACUGAUGUAAAAGUUUUUUGUUUUUGUUUUUUUUAAUGAUUAAAUUCUCAGUGAGGCUGUUUUCCUUUUCCCCCAGUAACAUUCCUGAAUUUACUGUAUUAGUGUAGUACUCGCAUGACAUGGAUUCCUGACACCUGAUGACAGGUUCAUUCUUGUGUAUUCUGUUAGUGACACAAAAGACUCGGCCCUACUCCCACUCACUUCACGUCCAGUCAGUCUGUUUUACAGGCCAGAGCUAUUUCUUCAGUGCCCUGUCCCUACCAGCUACUGGCCAUUCUCAGCUGGGAUUUGUUCUUUUCAGCUGUUGCUUGUGGAAAAAAAAAAGCAAGACUAUGUUGCUGUAUAGGAGACUAUGAAAGUGACUCAGGCAGGACUUAAUAUAUUCUGUACCCAGGAGACUACUUGUUAAGUGGGUUGGGAUUGAUUUUUUUGAAAAUCAAGUUUGACUCAUUGAUAAAACACUUCUGAGUCUGAGUGGGGCUAGGUCACAUGUUACCUUUGAAUCUUUUGGCCUCUCUAACAACAUCUAACCUGCGCGGGCAGUGCAGAGGCACGCAGUGACGUGAGAGAAACCAAAUCACAACCUUGGAACACCAUGACCACUUACUUCAUUCCUAACUAAAUCAGAACUCUCUCUCUCUGUAUAUAUAUCCCCCCCCCCCCACUUCUUA